GUAGGCGAAAACCCAGAGUACAUCGGCCUCGUUCUCCGAUAUUAGAAGAGAAAGACAUCCCACCCCUUGAAUUUCCCAAGUCCUCCGAGGAUUUAAUGGUGCCUAACGAGCAUAUAAUGAAUGUUAUUGCCAUUUACGAGGUACUGCGGAACUUUGGCACUGUUUUAAGAUUGUCCCCGUUCCGCUUUGAGGACUUCUGUGCAGCUCUGGUGAGCCAGGAGCAGUGCACACUCAUGGCGGAGAUGCACGUCGUGCUUUUGAAAGCAGUCCUGCGUGAAGAAGACACCUCCAAUACUACCUUUGGGCCUGCUGACCUCAAAGACAGCGUCAACUCCACACUGUACUUCAUAGACGGGAUGACGUGGCCGGAGGUGCUGCGCGUGUACUGUGAGAGCGACAGGGAGUACCACCACGUCCUCCCCUACCAGGAAGCCGAGGACUACCCUUACGGGCCAGUGGAGAACAAAAUCAAAGUUCUGCAGUUCCUGGUGGAUCAGUUUCUUACGACAAACAUUGCUCGGGAGGAGCUGAUGUCGGAAGGGGUGAUCCAGUACGAUGACCAUUGCAGGGUGUGUCACAAACUUGGGGAUUUGCUUUGCUGUGAGACGUGCUCGGCAGUGUACCACUUGGAAUGUGUGAAGCCGCCUCUUGAGGAGGUGCCCGAGGACGAGUGGCAGUGUGAAGUCUGCGUAGCACACAAGGUGCCUGGUGUGACUGACUGUGUUGCUGAGAUCCAAAAAAAUAAACCGUACAUUCGACACGAGCCCAUUGGAUACGAUAGGAGUCGGAGGAAAUACUGGUUCCUGAACCGAAGACUCAUAAUAGAAGAAGAUACAGAAAAUGAAAACGAAAAGAAAAUCUGGUACUACAGCACAAAGGUCCAGCUUGCAGAAUUAAUAGACUGUCUAGACAAAGAUUACUGGGAAGCAGAGCUUUGCAAAAUUCUAGAAGAGAUGCGUGAAGAAAUCCACCGGCACAUGGACAUAACUGAAGACCUGACCAAUAAGGCUCGGGGCACUAACAAAUCCUUUCUAGCGGCAGCUAAUGAAGAAAUUUUGGAAUCCAUAAGAGCCAAAAAGGGAGACAUUGAUGAUGAUAAAAGCCCAGAAGAAAUAGAAAAGGACAAGAAUGAGGCUGAGGAUGACAGCAGUAAAGAUGCGGAGGAAAGCAGAGAGGAGUUUGAAACCCCGCCCCUGGGGAAAGACAGUGAGGACAGAUCACCGGAUGACGACCUGGAGCAAGGAAGAUCUGAGGAGCCAGCAGAAGUUGGGGAUAAAGGUAACUCUGUGUCAGCAAAUCUUGGCGACAACACAACAAAUGCUUCUUCAGAAGAGACUAGUCCCUCUGGAGGGAGCCCUGUGGGGUGUCUCUCAGAAACCCAUGAUAGCAGCAACAUGGCAGAGAAGAAGGUGGCAUCCGAGCUCCCCCAGGAUGUGCCAGAAGACUCUAACAAGACAUGUGACAGCAGUAACACUAGUGCUACCACUGCCUCCACCCAGCCUAAUCUGGAAAACAGUAACGGCAGCAGUGAACUAGAUUCCUCCCAGAGCGAAUCUGCUAAGGCAGCCGAUGACCCUGAGAACGGAGAGAGAGAGUCCCACACACCUGUCUCUAUUCAAGAAGAGAUAGGUGAUUUCAGAUCUGAGAAGUCUAAUGGGGAGAUGAGCGAUCCUCUUGGAGCUGGGAGAGGAGCCUCUGGCUCCACUCGCAUUAUCACCCGAUUGCGGAACCCAGACAGCAAACUUAGCCAGCUGAAGAGCCAGCAAGUAGCAGCUGCAGCCCAUGAGGCAAAUAAAUUAUUUAAGGAGGGCAAAGAGGUACUAGUAGUUAACUCUCAAGGAGAAAUUUCACGGUUGAGCACCAAAAAGGAAGUGGUCAUGAAAGGAAAUAUCAACAAUUACUUUAAAUUGGGUCAAGAAGGAAAGUAUCGCGUCUACCAUAACCAGUACUCCACCAAUUCCUUUGCUUUGAAUAAACACCAGCACAGGGAAGAUCAUGAUAAGAGGAGGCACCUUGCACAUAAAUUCUGUUUGACUCCAGCAGGAGAGUUCAGGUGGAAUGGUUCUGUGCACGGGUCCAAAGUCCUCACCAUCUCUACUCUGAGACUCACCAUCACUCAGCUAGAAAACAACAUCCCUUCACCCUUUCUUCAUCCCAAUUGGGCUUCACACAGAGCAAAUUGGAUCAAGGCAGUUCAGAUGUGUAGCAAGCCCAGGGAAUUCGCAUUGGCUUUAGCUAUUUUGGAGUGUGCAGUUAAACCAGUUGUGAUGCUACCAAUAUGGAGGGAGUCCUUAGGACAUACCAGAUUACACAGAAUGACAUCAAUUGAAAGAGAAGAAAAGGAGAAAGUAAAAAAAAAAGAGAAAAAACAAGAAGAGGAAGAAACAAUGCAGCAAGCUACAUGGGUCAAAUACACAUUUCCAGUUAAACAUCAGGUUUGGAAACAAAAAGGAGAGGAGUACAGAGUAACAGGGUAUGGAGGUUGGAGCUGGAUCAGUAAGACCCAUGUUUAUAGGUUUGUUCCUAAAUUGCCAGGCAAUACCAACGCAAAUUACAGAAAGUCCGCAGAAGGAGUCAAAAGUAAUGUGGAUGAAAACAUGGAUGAUUCAGAUAAAAGAAAAAGUCCACGAAGUCCAAAAAAAAUAAAAACAGAGCCUGACUCUGAGAAAGCCGAGGUAAAAGAUUCGGAUGCUGGAAAGGGAGCAGAUCAGAGUGAAAUGGAGAUCUCCGAGAUGCCCGAGAAGAAGGACCAAGAUGUAAAAGAACAUUUGGAUUCUGACAAUGAUAAAUCCUUCAAGGAAGAACCAAUGGAAAUAGAUGAUAUAAAAACAGAGUCACAUAUAACUUACCAGGAAAGUUCUCAAGUAGACGUGGUCAAUGUCAGUGAGGGUUUUCACCUAAGGACUAGUUACAAAAAGAAAAUAAAAUCAUCCAAACUCGAUGGACUUCUUGAGAGGAGAAUUAAACAGUUCACACUGGAAGAGAAACAGCGCCACGAGAGGAUGAAGUUGGAGGGAGGAGGAAAGAGUCCAGGAAAGUCUUCUCCGAGCGCUUUGAAGAGUCUUUCGGAGUCUCCAGGAGCAACAAAAGCGAAAGAACAGUGUCACAGCGACUUGCGUACACAAGAACAAAACCCCAGCACAAGGAGCGACGGACCAGAGGACUUGAUCCGUGGAUGCUCACAGAGCGAACCCGCAGUUCUCGGAACUGGUGAUCCUAGUCUUACCACGAACAAACUUUACCCGAGAGAUCAAAUGUUAGAUGAUGUCUCCAUUCAAAGUCCAGGGACACACUAUCAGAAAGAAAAUUCUGUUGAAAAUGACAUCGAUGAGAGUCUCUCUGAACCAAUCAGCAAAGACCAGGAACUCAGUAAGAUUAAAACGAAAGGAAGUGGUUUUUUCAUUGAUGACUCGAAACCGGUCGCUGGAGAUGAUAUUGCUACUUUGAUCUAUAAGAGUAAAAAAGCAUUCCGCCAAGAGGAUAAUGACACCACUGUCUCUUCGGAAAAUGUUUUGCUCCCAUCAAUACCUAAAAGUACCAGGGACAGAGAUAACUCAUCUCUGUCAAAAGCAGUGGACUUGGAUGGAAAAUUGGGCUGUGACUCCGAGUAUAAUAGCACUUUAGAAAAUAGUUCUGACACUAUGUCUAUUCAGGACAGCAGUGAAGAAGAUAUGAUUGUUCAAAAUAGCAGUGAAAGUAUUUCUGAACAGUUCGUAACUCCAGAACGAGGUGCUGAGAGCCUGGAGCCGUUGAAAUGUGAGUUUGUUUCUGAUAAGUCCACUAGAAACUGUGAUAACAGGUUACAGGGUAAGGUAACUGAAACAAAUGGCAGAAAACCAAGUCUCCAGCAGAAGUUAGAGAGACCAGUUAAUAAGUGUAUUGAUCCAGUAAGUCUUAAAAAUAUCACUGACAAAAAGAAUAACGAAAAUCGGCCUGACAAGAAAGGACAGAAAGCAAGUUCAUUUCAAAUAAAUGGAAAAGAUAAUAAACCUAAAGUGUAUUUGAAAAGUGAAUGCUUGAAAGAAAUCCCUGAAAGUAAAGUUGUAAGUGGUAAUGUUGAACCAAAGGUUAAUAAUAUAAAUAAAAUAAUCCCCGAGAAUGAGAUUAAGUCAUUAAGUGUUAAAGAAUCUGCUGUAAAGCCAUUUAUUAAUGGUGAUAUUAUCAUGGAAGAUUUUAAUGAAAAAAACAAUUCAGUAACAAAUUCAUGUUUACUAAGUUCUUCGGAUGCUGAAGGUAAUUACCAAGCCAGCCUCAAGGCCCUACCGUCAGCUAAAGAGUCUGACAAUAAACAGCGCAGCACACCUUUAUCACCUUGUUCAGAAAGCAGUUCAUUUCAUCAGGCAGAAGAGAUGGAAGUGGACACUGCAGAAGUGAAGAAAGCUACUUUAUCGCCAGUUACGUCUGGAGAGGAGUCUAACCUCAGUAGUGACUUUGUUGAUGAAAAUGGGCUUCCCACCAACAAAAAUGAAAACAUCAAUGGAGAAUCUAAAAGGAGAACGGUCAUCACAGAAGUCACCACCAUGACAUCCACCGUAGCCACAGAAUCAAAAACCGUGAUCAAGGUUGCAAAAGGUGAUAAGCAAACUGUGGUCUCUUCCACAGAAAAUUGUGCCACAUCCACUGUCACAACCACCACAACGGUAACAAAGCUGUCCACACCCUCCGCGGGCAGCAGUGUGGACAUCAUCUCUGUAAAGGAGCAGAGCAGAACCGUGGUCACCACCACGGUGACAGACGCACUCACCACCGCGGGAGGCACCCUGGUCUCGUCCAUGACUGUGAGCAAAGAGUACUCCACAAGAGACAGAGUAAAACUGAUGAAAUUCUCAAGACCGAAGAAGACUCGCUCAGGUACAGCUCUGCCGUCUUACAGAAAGUUUAUUACCAAGAGCAGCAAGAAAAGCAUAUUUGUUUUGCCUAAUGAUGACUUGAAAAAGUUGGCCAGAAAAGGAGGAAUCCGAGAAGUCCCUUAUUUUAAUUAUAAUGCAAAACCUGCCUUGGAUAUUUGGCCCUAUCCUUCUCCUAGACCCACCUUUGGUAUCACUUGGAGGUAUAGACUUCAGACUGUCAAGUCCUUAGCGGGAGUGAGCCUGAUGCUGCGCUUGCUGUGGGCCAGUCUGCGAUGGGACGACAUGGCUGCCAAGGCUCCUCCGGGAGGGGGCACUACCCGGACAGAAACAUCUGAAACAGAAAUCACAACAACUGAAAUAAUUAAGAGGCGAGAUGUUGGUCCUUAUGGUAUUCGUUCUGAGUAUUGUAUCAGAAAAAUCAUUUGCCCCAUUGGAGUUCCAGAAGCACCAAAAGAAACGCCUACGCCUCAGAGGAAAGGACUCCGAUCAAGCGCUCUGAGGCCAAAGAGACCAGAAACGCCCAAGCAAACAGGCCCUGUGAUUAUUGAGACCUGGGCAGCAGAGGAAGAGUUGGAACUGUGGGAGAUCAGGGCAUUUGCUGAGAGAGUGGAGAAAGAAAAGGCCCAAGCAGUUGAGCAGCAAGCUAAGAAACGAUUGGAGCAGCAGAAGCCUGCAGUCAUUGCCACUUCUACCACAGCCCCAACAAGCAGUGCGCCCAGCACUGUCUCUGCAGCUCAGAAAGUUAUGGUGGCCCCCAUCAGUGGCUCAGUUACUACUGGAACUAAAAUGGUACUAACUACCAAAGUUGGAUCUCCAGCAACAGUUACAUUCCAGCAAAACAAGAACUUCCAUCAGACUUUUGCUACAUGGGUUAAGCAAGGCCAGUCAAAUUCAGGUGUUGUUCAAGUGCAGCAGAAAGUCCUGGGUAUCAUUCCAUCGAGUACAGGUGCAAGUCAGCAAACCUUUACUUCAUUCCAGCCCAGGACAGCGACAGUCACGAUUAGGCCCAAUACCUCAGCCUCUGGGACGGCCACCAGCACAUCACAAGUAAUCACAGGGCCUCAGCUCCACCCCGGCAUGACAGUGAUCAGGACGCCCCUCCAGCAGUCAACGCUGGGAAAGGCAAUUAUUCGGACGCCUGUGAUGGUGCAGCCAGGUGCUCCUCAACAAGUGGUGACACAGAUCAUCCGAGGCCAGCCCGUCUCCACUGCAGUUUCUUCCUCAAGCACCACUCCCUCCACGCCUGGGCAGAAAGGCUUAACUUCAGGAACAUCCACUCCAAAUCCGCCGUCUUCAGCGCCUCAGCCACCUCGCCCCCAGCAGGGACAGGUGAAGCUAACCAUGGCUCAGCUCACACAGUUAACGCAGGGCCACGGUGGCAAUCAGGGUUUGACAGUAGUAAUUCAAGGACAAGGUCAAACUACUGGACAGUUGCAGCUGAUACCUCAGGGGGUGACCGUACUCCCCGGGCCAGGGCAGCAGCUCAUGCAGGCUGCAAUGCCGAAUGGUACUGUCCAGCGAUUUCUCUUCACCCCGCUGGCAACUACAGCCACGGCCGCCAGCAGCACCACCACGACCGUCUCCACCACGGCAGCAGGAUCAGGGGAACAGAAACAGAGUAAAUUGUCGCCCCAGACACAGGUGCAACCAGCCAAACCCCCGCCACCAGAUCAGCCACCAAGUGUGAGUCCUGCAGAAGCCCAGCCACAAACUGCUCAGCCUCCAGCGCAGCCCCAGCCCCAGCCCCAGCCCCAGCCCCACUCCCCAGCUCCGCCUGAAGCUCAGACUCAGCCGGAAGUUCAGACCCACACAGCUGUUCCGCCCCUCGUCCCUUCCGAAGCACAGCCAACCCAAGCACAGUCAUCCAACAGACCCCAGGUUGCAGCACAGUGUCAGCCUCAGAGUAAUGUCCAAGGACAGUCUCCUGUGCGAGUCCAGAGCCCACCACAGCCUCGGAUACGUCCGUCGACUCCAUCCCAAGUGUCUCCCGGACAGCAGCCCCAGGUUCAGACUACAGCCUCACAACCGCUUCCAAUUCAGCCACAUACAUCUCUCCAGAUCCCUUCCCAAGGCCAGCCACAGCCACAACCCCAGGUACAGUCUUCAACUCAAACUCUUUCAUCAGGACAAACGUUAAAUCAAGUUACUGUUUCCGCCCCACCUUGUCCUCAGCUACAAAUACAGCAGCCGCAGCCCCAAGUCAUUGCUGUGCCUCAGCUGCAACAAGUCCAGGUUCUCUCUCAGAUCCAGCCGCAGGUUGUGGCUCAGAUACAGGCUCAGCAAGGUGUUGUGCCCCAGCAAAUCAGACUGCAGUUACCUGUUCAAAUUCAGCAAAGCAGUGCUGUGCAGACUCACCAGAUUCAGAAUGUGGUUACAGUGCAGGCAGCCAGUGUGCAAGAGCAGUUGCAAAGGGUUCAGCAACUCAGGGAUCAGCAGCAAAAGAAGAAGCAGCAACAGAUAGAAAUUAAGCGUGAACACACCCUCCAAGCUUCUAACCAAAGGGAAAUCAUUCAGAAACAGGUGGUGAUGAAGCAUAAUGCUGUAAUAGAACAUUUAAAACAGAAAAAGACCUUGACUCCCACUGAAAGAGAAGAGAAUCAAAGAAUGAUUGUAUGUAACCAGGUGAUGAAGUAUAUUUUGGAUAAGAUAGAUAAAGAAGAAAAACAGGCGGCGAAAAAACGGAAGCGUGAAGAGAGCGUGGAACAGAAGCGGAGCAAGCAGAAUGCUACCAAGCUCUCUGCGCUGCUUUUCAAACACAAGGAGCAGCUCAAAGCCGAGAUCCUGAGAAAGAGAGCGCUCCUGGACAAAGAGCUGCAGAUCGAGGCGCAGGAAGAGCUGAGGAGAGACCUGAAAAUGAAGAAAGAGAAAGACCUGGUGCAGGCGGUGCAGGCCAGUGUGGUGGCAGCACCCUCCCCCCCGCGGGCUGCCGCAGCGGCCCCCCCGGCCCCGCCUCCGUCCCCCCCCAGCGCGCCUGCCCCGCAGCACGCGGGCCUCCCCGCCUCCCCGCUGCCCGCCGCUUCCCAGAAGAGGAAGCGAGAAGAGGAGAAGGACUCCAGCUCCAAGUCCAAGAAGAAGAAAAUGAUCUCUACUACCUCAAAGGAAACUAAGAAGGACACAAAGCUUUACUGUAUUUGUAAAACGCCUUAUGAUGAAUCUAAGUUCUAUAUUGGCUGUGAUCUUUGUACUAACUGGUAUCAUGGAGAAUGUGUUGGCAUCACAGAAAAGGAGGCUAAGAAAAUGGAUGUGUACAUCUGUAAUGAUUGUAAACGGGCACAAGAGGGCAGCAGUGAGGAAUUGUACUGUAUCUGCAGAACACCUUAUGAUGAGUCACAGUUUUAUAUUGGCUGCGACCGGUGUCAGAACUGGUACCACGGGCGCUGCGUUGGCAUCUUGCAGAGUGAGGCGGAGCUCAUUGACGAGUAUGUCUGUCCACAGUGCCAGUCGACGGAGGACGCCAUGACAGUGCUCACGCCUCUCACGGAGAAAGAUUACGAGGGCUUGAAGAGGGUGCUGCGCUCCCUGCAGGCCCAUAAGAUGGCCUGGCCUUUCCUUGAGCCAGUAGACCCGAAUGACGCACCAGAUUAUUACGGUGUUAUUAAGGAGCCUAUGGACCUUGCCACCAUGGAAGAAAGAGUACAGAGGCGAUACUAUGAAAAGCUGACAGAAUUUGUGGCAGACAUGACCAAAAUUUUUGAUAACUGUCGUUACUACAAUCCAAGCGACUCCCCAUUCUACCAGUGUGCAGAAGUUCUUGAAUCAUUCUUUGUACAGAAACUGAAAGGGUUCAAGGCCAGCAGGUCUCAUAACAACAAACUGCAGUCUACAGCUUCUUAACGUUCAGCGCGCUAAUGUAAAAUGCAGCGAGAGUCUGGCUGUCUGAACUAUUUUAAAUUAAGGGGCCAGAUGUUUUUAGUCCGGUUACCCUGACAGACUUGACCUAAACUUCGUUUUUAUUGGUCAUAACAGUCUAAACAUAUUCUUGGCCAAUUUUGUCCACCGGACAAGGGAAAAGCAAAGUCAACGACACCAUUAUCUUGUCAAGAUCAAAUGGUUUUACUAUUGUGGCAGAAGCGGGAAAAUUUUGUUUAUUGAAAAAAAAAAGAAAAAGCAAGAAAAAAAGAUACUAUGGGGUCGAGUGUAACUCCAUGGAAAUGCCACGUCUGCUCUUCAGUGAAGAAGCUGGUUUAGAGUCUCACAGAAAACUUUUGACUGUAUUUAUUUAUUGUUGCAAAAAAAGACGCUUUUUUAUUGCUGCCCUCAUUUGUCAGCUAAUUAUUUUUUCUUAUAAAAUCCAGCCUCAGUUACAUGUAAUCCAUCCUGUAUCUUAUCAUGAUUCCUGUAGGUAAAGUACAAGAUGACCUCUAGAUGUCUUUUCUUUCUAUGAAAGGAGCUGCUAUGUACACAUGUGCACACACACACAACUGGGAAUCAACAAUGAGUUUAUUGUUCGCGAUAGACAAAAAUUAAGCUUGCAGAAAGGUUGGGCGAAGUGGUCCUGGACUACAGACGAUGUUGCCUUGAAUAUAUCAGUACAGUUGUCCUUUCCUCUGCACCAGGCUAAAACGGCAAAAUCUAUUUGAAGGUAUCUUGUUUGUAAACAUUUGUCAGAUUCUAAUUUUUUCUUUUUGUAUUAAGAUUCAACUAUGGAUGUAUAUGAAACAAAAUAAAUGGAGACAACUUUUCUCCCGCAGAUGGAGGUGUCUUUGUGCCCGAAUGGUUAUCUGUCAGCCUCUGUGGGGGGAGGGGGGACUUCCCGGGAGGAAAGGCGGAAGGGUCUGAUCAGACCUGGGCUUCCAGGACAGUAGUGGCCCUUCGCUGUGGAAUUCCCAGUCCGCUGUCACCACACCAGAGCAGACCCCGGGGUGCUAACGCUGCUGCGCCACUUGCUCGUGUCGCUGAGCACAGAAGGUAACAGGACACAGCGCGCGUCAGCUUCACUGUACUCUGUGUGAGUCCAGGCAGUGAACGACCAGACAGGUACUUAAAUUGUACGAAGGGCAUUUUUUGAUGAUCUCAUCCUCCGUGAAUUUUUGUUGGUUGGGUUUUUUUGUGCUGUGGAAGGAAAAGUAGCAUAAACCAUGGGGAGACAGCAAAGACAGGUAUAUUGUGCAUGUCUUUCUUUUCAGCGUUAUAACUGUCCACUUUGUAUUACUGCGCUGUAAUAGUGGCUCCCCUGAAAUCUGCCAGUUAGAUCAUGCAACUUUGCAAAAAUUUUCCUAGAUUUUGCACUAAUUCUAUCAGCUUCGUCCCACCAAGUUCUGGAAUUCACCUAGUUACUGUUUUUUAAAAGUUUCCCUCUGUUUAAUGAUGCCCUGCUAUGCAAACCGUUCCCAGACCUUAGUUUCUUAAAAGAAGGAUGUUGCUACAGCUCCCAGUUCUGUAUUACAGGCUCAGGUGUAUAGGUUCUUCUGUCUGGGUUAGUUUUAUGUAACGAAGCCCAUUCCUUUUUGUAUAUAAAGAUGUCACUAAAACUUAUGCUUACAAACUAAAGAGACUGAUUACUCAACAUGGAAACAAAGUUUUUGCUUAAAAUAUUAAAAUGGAAGUAGUUAAAUACAGGUUAUUUUGUCCUUUAGUUUUUAAAAAAUGUUACAUAUUGUAUGCACUGUGCUGAUGCAAGAACCCUACAUUUUAAUGAAUCAUCAUUCUGCGUCCCAUCACAUCGCAGUAUUUCUGUACUGUCUAUUCAUAUACAUCAAUAUAUGGGCUUACUCAUUUAAAACUUGUUGCGGCAAGAACUUUCCUACCUGUAGGCAAUAGGUUGCUAUGUUUUUAACAAAUUGUGGCAAAUUCUAAACAGUAAUUCUUUUUGUACGUAAUAGGACGUUUCAUCCUAGAGAAAUAAAAUAAUGUUUUUGACAUUG